CAUAAAAAGUACUUUUGUAUCUUGCUCCAAAAUACAAAAUGAGAGAACUGUGUUCAUGGGCCUUAUACCGGGCUGUAUUUGCUGAGUUUCUGGGUACACUGAUCUUUGUGUUUUUUGGACUGGGAUCUGCUCUGAGAUGGCCAGCCGCCCUACCAACGGUUCUCCAGAUCUCGCUGGCCUUUGGUUUAGCGAUAGGAACCCUUGUGCAAACGAUGGGACCUAUAAGUGGAGCACAUAUAAACCCAGCUGUUACCUUUGCCUUCUUUGUUGGCUCUCAAAUCUCUAUAUGGAGGACUGCUUUUUACAUCAUUGCCCAGAUUUUGGGGGGCUUGGCUGGGGCUGGUAUACUAUAUGGAGUUGUUCCGCCAGCUGUCCGAGGAAGCUUUGCUGUCAAUUCUCUCAGUAACAACACACUUCCAGGACUGGGUCUCGUCGUUGAGAUUAUUCUUACCUUCCAACUGGUUUUGUGCAUCUUUGCAACCACUGACAUACGCCGAAGUGAUAAUGUAGGAUCUCCGGCUAUUUCCAUCGGCCUUUCUGUCACUCUGGGACAUCUUGUUGGAAUAUAUUUCACUGGCUGCUCAAUGAAUCCUGCACGAUCUUUCUCUCCAGCUGUCAUCACAAGAAGCUUUCGCAAUCACUGGGUCUUCUGGGUUGGGCCACUGGUAGGAGGUGUGGCGGCCUCCUUAAUGUACACCUAUGUUUUGUACCCCUGCACGAGGACCCCUUCGGAGAGACUGGAAAUAAUGCUGGGAACAUACAAACCUGCAGACGAAUGGAACGAGCAGAAAGAACACCAGAGGAAACGUUCACUGGACUGUCCUGACCGUGUAAAUAAGCGGUACUCUAUGUAGCAAAAGAUGUAGUCUAAGGGACAAUAUCUUUAAGUGUCACAUCAGGGACCAAUGUGCCAGUGAAAUGGCUCAUCACUUAUAUUUCUCCUGUGCUAUAAUGUUAUAACAAUGCACAGCU